AUCACUGAUCCGCACUAUAAAGAAUCAAACAUUUGCCGUCAAAUAUCUUCUCAUUUAAAAUUUAUUUUAUCCAUGAAUUUUAACUAUAUUACAAAUCCUUCUGAUUCGAUUCAGGGAAUUUCAACAAAAUUGAGCCUUUAAUUCAGUGAAUUUUGGAAAUUCAAAGCAGUGGAGAAUCGAAAGUCAAGUGAGGAUUCCUUGAAGGAUUCAGAGUAUUAUGGCAAUUCCAGUGGAUCCCCCUGAUGGGAUUGGAUCUCGAGGGAAGCAUUACUAUUCCAUGUGGCAAACCCUGUUUGAGAUUGACAUAAAAUACGUGCCAAUCAAGCCUAUUGGACGAGGGGCGUACGGCAUUGUCUGCUCUUCGAUAAACAGGGAAACCAAUGAAAAAGUCGCAAUCAAGAGGAUCAAUAAUGCCUUUGAAAAUCGUAUUGAUGCACUGAGAACUUUGCGUGAACUGAAGCUUCUUCGUCAUCUUAGACAUGAAAAUGUGAUUGCUUUGAAAGAUGUCAUGCUGCCUAUUCACAAGGGAAGUUUCAAGGAUGUGUACUUGGUUUAUGAGCUUAUGGAUACAGAUUUGCAUCAGAUAAUUAAGUCAUCUCAGAUGCUUACAAAUGACCAUUGCCAAUAUUUCCUCUUCCAGUUACUUAGAGGUUUGAAGUAUCUACACUCGGCAAACAUUCUUCAUCGUGAUUUGAAGCCUGGAAACCUACUUAUCAAUGCAAACUGUGACCUAAAAAUAUGCGAUUUUGGGCUUGCACGAACAAAUAGCGGCAAAGGUCAAUUUAUGACUGAAUACGUGGUCACACGCUGGUAUCGAGCCCCAGAGCUUCUUCUCUGCUGUGACUAUUAUGGGACCUCCAUCGAUGUUUGGUCUGUUGGCUGUAUCUUUGCAGAACUCCUUGGUAGAAAAGCCAUUUUUCCUGGUACUGAAUGUCUUAACCAGCUUAAAUUAAUCAUCAAUAUCCUCGGUAGCCAGAGGGAAGAUGAUCUCGAGUUCAUUGAUAAUCCGAAGGCUAGAGAGUACAUUAAGUCACUUCCUUACUCCCCCGGAUCCCCAUUUUCUCAUGUUUAUCCUAAUGCCCAUCCUCUAGCUAUUGAUCUGUUACAGAAGAUGCUCAUUUUUGACCCUUCGAAGAGGAUUAGUGUGACCGAAGCACUUCAACACCCAUACAUGUCUCCCCUGUAUGAUCCGAAAUGUGACCCUCCGGCCCAGGUUUCUGCCAAUCUUGACAUAGACGAGGAUUUAAAGGAAGACGUGAUUAGAGAUUUAAUGUGGAUGGAAAUACUUGAAUACCAUCCAGAAGCUGCCACGGGUAAUAUGGAUGUGAGCCACUGCACUUGAGUUUGUUGGAGUUGGGCAUUGGAGCUUGUUGGUUUCUUGCAUCAGAACUUUUAUGGUUAUCUUGCUUUCUCUCUUUAGUUAAUUUUAAUAAUUCUGUAACAAUAAAUGACCAGUUUGGGUAGUUAAUGUGCUUGCUGUUGUUUGGGUUUAUAUGUUGUUUUUAGGCUCCGAACUUUUUUCCGACGUUCCUCGUAGCUUGUAAAUAUUUGUCUUGAGAACUUAACUGUGUACAUUAUUUAUUAUAAUGUUAGGUAUGAAACUGAAUGAAGAUUUUCACUGCA